CUCCGAUACAUCGGUAGCCUCCGUUCGCCGCCGUCGUCGUUGUUUGCGUCGUCUCGCGAAAUUGGUGCGUUCGUUUGAUCCUUCGUGAGGGGUUUACUUUUUUCUUCUUCUUUUUGUUUGGAAUUCUUUGAGGAACUGUUGAGGUCUCGUGCGAGUUCAUGUGUGUGUGUGUGUCUUCCGGGAACCGACUUCCGGUGGCCACAGAGUUCGCAAGUCUUCUGAAGAUAAACUCAGCGGAAUCUUCCACUGGUUGCGAAGUUUUUUUUUCUCCACAUUCGUGUUGGUUUAUUUUCUCAAACUUUUCGCGCGCGCGGGCAGCACGUCAACACGCGAGGGGAAGUUCAACCAACAGUCGUCUACGCGGGAGGGGAAGGUGGAGGAUUGCGCGGCCAAGAUAAGGAAAGACGUAGCGCUCUGUUGUGUGACGUUCUUGGUCUAUUCGCGGUCUGGCAACAAGUGUGUGUGUGUGACGGUGUUUGUGAUCUAUCGUUGCGCCGAACGAGGCUCAUUAUCACCCUUCAAAAAGGAAGCGCCACAGUAUUGGUGCCGCUGCUUAGUAGUGGCUCCUCUUUUGUGAUAGUGCAUACCACUGCAAGUAGAUAGUAGGCAGAAGCCGGUAGUUAGUGUACACAAACAAGACAAACGAAGAAGAGUGCAAUCGCUGAGCUUUUGAGGAGAUGCUGUGAGAUUGUUUCGUUACCCAACGAGCAACUACCGCGAAUAAACUGAUAACAUCUACACAAGCACCAUGCAGUAACUCACGUGAUACAGCAAAACUGUGUUGUUGUUGUUUCCGGAAAAGUCUUCAAAAGCAACCGAAGCAGGAAAAUUCUUCCACCGAGGAAUGCUCAAAAUUGGCGUGAUUUCGGGCCAAAGAGGGAAGAGUCCCUGCCGGGAAAAUUGGCACAAUAAAGUGAAAAAAGCAGCCCUAAACCGAGUUUGGCCCAACGCGACUGUAUGCAGUAACGUGUAGUAAACUUCCGGAGACCAGGAAUCCGAACGAUGUGCGAUUAAAAUAACCCGAAAAAAGUAACCGGUAGAGGGAGGAAUAUGCAAAACUGCCCACAGUAUUGAGGCAGAUUGUGCUUGUACUUGUGUGGAAUGCUGAACGUGUUUGUGACGUGCCUCCAAAGCCAGACGCGCUCCGGAUUCGAUUCCAGUCGAGGAAAAGUGAGAAUAACCUGAUGUAAAAAAAUAAGCAAAACAAAAACAAGCAAAAACCAAAUCGAAACACGAGUGCAUGAGCUUGGAAACAAAUUGUGGAUACGGUUUUGUGGUUUUUCUGAGAAAGAAUUUAUUCACGGAAACGGGAGGGGGGAAAAGAAGAAGGGCAAAAAGGUGUUAGCUCAGUGACAUUUCAAUUACGAUAAAAAAAAACGAAUGAAUUAUAGUGCAACCGCAGUCAAGUAGUAGAGUGCAGUAGUUAAGUGUGUUUGACAAACUCUUCAAACUGAAGGGGGAGGGGGAACCAGCUUCUUGAAUCCACAGCCGGAGGUUGCAUGAUGUUCUAACCCCCAAAGUGGUUCACUUGAAGGGGAAAACGUGCUGAGUGUGAGAUAAUACUAGUUGCGGGAAACCGUUAGUGGUUUGGAACGAGGAAAGUUGUAGAAAAAACAACUUUUGAAUCGUUUAUUUUUGAAUGAAACCAGCAGUUUUCGAAGCGGAAAGGACCAGCAUGGAAGACUGAAAUAUUAGUGAAUGAACAUCAUCAUCAUCACCGUCAGGGGCGCCACCUUCGCCGACAAUCCCGACCAGAGUCCCUUAAGUGAAAGCUCUGCCGCGGGAAAAUCCCAUCAAUCCUCCGGCAACCUCGUCGGAGAAGAAAAGUGAGAAAACAGAGGAGGAAAAUUCAACAGCUCAUCUUAAAUCGUGUGAGUCGAGUGUGGUUCGUAAAAUUUGUCGGUGAAAUUUGAAGAGCAAGGUUAAAGUUACCGAGUGAAAUCGAAGCCCUGAAAGUGAGUUCAAAUUUAAAGUGUUUGCAAGAUUGAGGAAAACCACACACACGGCAGUGAUGGCCUGAGGCUUCCGAGGCCACUGGUUGGCUGAAUGUGGCUGAAUGGUUUGUGCUGCGGCGGUGGUCUCUGCGGCAUCGGAGACGUCCUGAAGGAUCACCAUCACCAGCAGCACGAAGAAGACGGUGGUCCCGGGGACUGUGGGUUGGCCGCCGCUCUCCGGGGGUGUCCUGGGGGGCGUUGUUCCACGUGUACCGUUAUGGGGUGCACCCCGAGCAUACUGUCCAACAGCAGUGGUGGCAGCACCAGCAACGGUCAGCAGAACCGCAAGGAUUCCGGCGGCAUCUACGGUGGUGUUCCGGCCUCAACGGCGGCGGUCACAACGACGACGACGACCUCGGCGGCGACCACCGGUAAUGAUUGCAUCAAAAAGGACUCAAUCGUGUCAAUUACCGGUCUCGGGCCGGUUUCCGUCGUUUCCAGCGUGCUGCGUCGACCAACUAUUGGAAGUGGAACAUCGAGCAGCUCUGGACGGCACGGCCCCCGGCAAACGUCAUCGCUGGCACUAACCCCCGAGGAGGAACCACUCGACUCAUAUCCUAGAUUAAUAUCGGAUUUAAAAUUUCCCAACCUGUGGCCACCCAACCCACCGAUUAAGAUUUUAAUUGCAUUCUGCAAGAAUGACCCCGUGUUCGAGGCGCUGGUCACCGCCAGCCACCGGCUCAACUUCGAGCCGACCUUCGUCAAGUCCCACGAGGCGGCCAUCGAGGCGUUCCAGAACGUGGCCACCGGAGGGCAUCACAUAAUCGUGGUGGACGCGCGGCACCCCCGGAUCAUCGAGGCGGACGCCCUGGGCAGGUCCAUUAGGAAUUCAAAAGGUAGUCAACAUACCACCAUGGUAGCAGUAGUGAAGAAAAGUGUAUUCGAAAAGGACGACACGGCUGUGAUUUCGCUGCUAGACGUUGGCUUCAACAGGUGCAUCAUCGAGUCGCCCCACGUGUCCAUCUGCUCGUCGGAGCUGCGGCAGAUCCAGCACUCACUCGUCCGGCCACAGAAUGUGAUAUCGACGCAACAGGCUCUUUACACGGCCCUGCACCGCUCGAGGGAGGCCAUCAUCAUCACGGACGACUCGUUGCGGGCCCAGUACGCAAACCGGGCUAGCGAACGUAUUUUAAACAUGAAGUUGGACGAAAUCGUUGGCCGUUCGCUGAGCGAGCUGGUUACGGCCGACGUGAGCAACAUUUUAUCUCAAACCAGUAGACAUAAGGAUUACGAAGGUUUCAUCAGCACGCGGCGAAAAUCGCAGGAAACGCUCCACAUCCACGUGCGCGCCGUACCUGUCUCAUGCAUCGGAAGGAGUCCCACCCAUCUCGUGUUAAUCCUGGAGUCCCCGGCGAGCGGCACGACCCUCUCGGCGCUGGCCAGUGACGCCCUGCAGACCCUGCCCCAGGGCAAGGAGGUGGCCCGCGGUUCGCUGCACUCGAUCCGCCGCGGCAGCUUCGACGUCCGGUCGAUCGCCUCGGACGGGCUGCGCCGGACCAGCCUGGCCAAGCUGUCGCAGCUGCCGCUGGAGGCGCCCAUCACCAAGGUGCUAAGCCUGCUGGCCCAGGUGCAGGAGAACUGCUCCCAGGACGAGUCCAAGCUGCUGGACCGCGUGAUGGAGUUCCUGAAGCGCGAGGGGCUGUACAGUCCCCAGAUGAAGGAGAUCCGCACCGAGGACCCGGUCGCGACCGAUCUGAUCGGGGCGCUGCUGACGCAAGGGCCCACCAACACGAUCUCGUCGCGGCGCAGCUCGAACGACUCGAUCAUCCGGGGCGGCGGCCGGCCCUCCACCGGCAGCAUCGUGUUCACCAAGACCCGCGAGUCGACGCAGCUGAACGAACUGCUCAACAACGCGCUGGCCUGGGACUUUGAGAUCUUCCGGCUGGAGGAGCUCACCGAGCGGCACCCGCUCGUCUGCCUGGGUUUGGAGCUGUUCAGACGGUUCGACGUGUACAACACGUUCUGCUGUGACGAGAACACGUUCGAACGGUGGCUGCACAAAAUGGAGGAACAUUACUGCUCGAAGAACACAUAUCACAACAGUACGCACGCCGCGGAUGUGAUGCAAGCCACGGCGUGCUACCUGCAGCAGCUGUCCAACCGCGAGCUGAAGGUGAUGGACCGGAUGGACGAGGCGACGGCACUGAUCGCGGCCGCAACCCAUGACAUUGAGCACCCGGGCCGCUCGUCCGCCUUCCUGUGCAACUCGGACGACCGGCUCGCCCUGCUGUACAACGACAUCUGCGUGCUGGAGUCGCACCACGCGGCCACCACCUUCCAGCUGACCCUGGGCGACGACAAGAUCAACAUCUUCAAGCACCUCGACCGGGAGUCGUACAAGCUGGCCCGGUCCGUCAUCAUCGACAUGAUCCUGGCCACGGAGAUGACGCGCCACUUUGAGCACCUGGCCAAGUUUGUGAGCGUGUUCGGCACGGACGUGGACGCCGGCAAGGAGACGACCCACGACAACGAGGACAACCAGAUCCUGGUGCGGCGGAUGCUGAUCAAGUGCGCCGACGUGAGCAACCCAACGCGGCCCCUCAAGUUCUGCGUCGAGUGGGCCCGCCGGAUAGCGGAGGAGUACUUCACGCAGACGGACGAGGAAAAGCGGAAGAAUCUCCCGAUCGUGAUGCCGAUGUUCGACCGGACCACGUGCAGCAUCAGCAAGAGCCAGAUCGGCUUCAUCGAGUACAUCAUCCACGACAUGAUGGACGCGUGGAACAGUUUCAUCGAAAUGCCCGAAAUCAUCCGGUACAUGGAGCACAACUACUCCAAGUGGAAGCUGUUUGAGGAGCAGGGCAUCAACACGCUCAACGACAUCAAGCGGAAGCAGUUUACGCUCAACUCGAGCGAGGCGGCCGGUACGACCUCGUCCGUGGAGGAGCUCUAGAGUGUGGUGCGUGCGUCCUGUAGUAGGUCCGAACGUCCGAACGUUACGUGUAACCCCUUCCCAGUUUUAGCCAUCCACGGCAGCUUUAUUCGCAAAACGGUCGCGAUUUAGAGUCAUGAUUGCUGUGUGAAGAAAAAAGAAUAAGAGAUUUGUGUUUUUUGAACGGCGUGCGUGUUUGUGGGGUAAAUUGAUUGCUGAAAAUAUUGUUUCUUUUUUAUCUGAGAAAGUGUUUUUUAUAUUUUUGUUCGUUCUUUUUUCUGUUAAAUAUGUGUUUAUAAAAUAAAUAGAUAAUUAAUUUUGAAACUUGAUUUAAUUUCACAAAAUUGGUUUGAGUAAUGCUGACCGACUUUUUUAAGUGGAGUUUCUGUACAAGUAUUUUCAAGUUCUUCCUAGUUGGUUCAUCCAUACCUUUAUCUAACAGAAGCGCUUUGCGGUCAUUUCACAUUUUUCGAUGUAAAAUCGAAUUUGCAAUCAAAAAAUACAUAAGUGAAUUUUUGAUAAAGUGCACCAUUUUCAUGUUAUAGCCAUAUUUAGGAAACUUUUUUGAAAAUAGUCGAAAUUUUUCCUUUUUUUUUCAUAAGUUCCCAUGUUUGCCCACCUUUAAAAAUAAUAUUUUUAAAAAGCUGAGAAAAUUCUCUAGUUGCUGAGAUUUUGCCAUGCAAAGGUUAAAAAAACAGGAAAAUUGAUGUUUUCUAAGUCUUUCUAAUGCCGAUAUCUCUGCAACUAAUGGUCUGAUUUUCUAUGUUUAAAUAUGAAACUUUCGUGAAAUUUUCCGAUCUUUUCGAAAAUAAUAUUUUCAAACAUCUAGAAUCAAGACUAACAUUUCAAACGAGCCAAACAUUCAAUAUUACUUUCUUUUGAAAUGCUAGUCUUGAUUUUAAAUUUUUGAAAAUAUUAUUUUCGAAAAGAUCGGAAAAUUUCACGCAUGUUUCAUAUUUUAACAUUGUAAAUCGGACCAUAAGUUGCUGAGAUAUCGACAUUAGAAAAUGGUGGUUUGUUUGGGUGAGACUUAGAAAACAUCAAUUUUCCUGUUUUUUAACCUUUGCAUGGCAAUAUCUCAGCAACUAAGGAUUGUAUCUACAAAGUUUAUUAAAGCAAAAUAUAGAGAAUUUUAUCAGCUUGGGGCACUAAUUUUAAAAAAUGAAAAACUUCGACUAUUUUCAAAAAAGUUACCUAAAAAUGGCUAUAACAUGAAAACGGUGCACUUUAUCAAAAAUACACUUUAUCAAAAAUUCACUACAGUACUUUUUGAUUGCAAAUUCGAUUUUACAUCGAAAAAUGAAGUUGAUAAAUUUUUGCGACCAACAUUUCGAUUUUUUGAAAAAAUCUGUAUUGAUUCAAAAAAUCAUAACUCGAUUAAAGAUUUUUUGCCCAUUCUGGAAAUUUCUGAAAAGUUGGCAUUUGAUGAUAAAAUUACUUUAAGUUUUAGUAGUGAAAUUAAAAAUCAACAUUUUUUUUACCGUGUAUCAUUUUUUUCAGUGUAGUCCUUAUCCAUACCUGCAACUUUGCCGAAGACACCAAAUCGAUCAGAAAAUUCCUUCAAAAGAUACACAUUUUUGAAUUUUCACAUAUCACUUGUGUAUGGACAGCUGCUGAGAUUUGCAAGGAAAAUUAUAAGGACAAACUAAUGAUGCAAAAUGGCUUCAUUGGGCAUACGGAAGGCACCAACAAAGUUUCAGCCGGAUUAAAAAAUACAAAAAUUAAAUUUAAAGAAAAAAGACCGAUUCCGUAGAGAACUGCUCUUUUAAAAAAAAAAAAACAUUAGCAAAGUCACAUAACACAAGUCAAACUUCCAAACCUAAAAUUUUCCACAAUUUUAAUAGUUCUUCUUUCCAAUGCUUUUAAAAGAUCAAAAAUUUGUUGAAAAUUGAUUUUUGGCGAAUUUUCGGAUCGAAGCCCGUUUAAAGGCGGGGUUGGGUUGUAGAGGGUUAAAUUGAUGACCAAUGUUUUUAAAUAAAAAUAUGUGUUGAAAAAUACACGUUUUACGUUUUUUAACAGUGUAACGCUCAACGCACGAUUCUUUUUUCCAGUAAUUUCUAAGGAUGUCUAGAUGAUCUUAGAACUUUGCAGAACUCGAUUGGAUCAAAUCUGUAAUUUUUGCGAUUAAAAACAUCGAGUGUCCACACUUCAUACAAAAAAUCGUUUUGUAUGGAAAUUGUCUACGAAGGGAUCUGAGAUUUCAACAAAAAAUAUCCACUUGUGGGGCGGGGGGAAUUUGGCCAUUCUUGGGGGGAAUGGCGAUGCUAUAGAUAUCUAAUGCGUUUUUGAAAAAUAUAAAUCUUUAGUUGUACCUUUUUGAACCUUUAAAGCUCACAAUGUAUUUGAAUAUAUGAUACAACAGCGUCUCCUUAGAUUUAAACUUUGUAGAUGUUUUAAAAAUAUAUUCAACACAAACUAAAAUUCAAAACAGUUUAAAGAAAAAAUGGAAAAUUGCGUAAAAUUGUGCUGAUUAAUUCCAUAAAAUAAAACAAAAGAUUUUGAAAUAUAUUUUUCGAGUUUUUCAAAAAAUUAAAAAUCAAAUUAUUUGUUGAGGCAAUUGCAAACCUCUUUUUGCACCUGAGCUUCCAUCCACCCCGAGAUUCGAACUGACGACCUUUGGAUUGUUAGUCCAACUGCCUACCAGCGACACCACCGAGGCAGGACCCAGGAAGACGACUCCUACACCUGGACUGAGCUAUCGACCUAACCCUUUAGGUUAGACCGGGGUCAACAUUUCGAACCCAGGCCGACUGGGUGAGAGGCAACCACGCUUGCCCCUACACCACUGGUCCCAGCAGUUUUUUUUUUUCGAGUUUUUUCAGGCAUUUGUUUUUUUUUGUUAGUUUUUGCAUUCUCUCUAAAAUGCAGUUUUCAAAAAUGGGUUUUAUUAAAUUCAUUUUUUUUAAAGUGGGUAACUUUCGAAAAAAAACAUUUUCCUGUUUUGCGUUGGUUCGAAUUUUUAGAACAUUAUUUAUAUUAAUAAUAUCUGGAUGUUUUUGCACCAUUUGAGCUAAUUUUUAUUUUUAAUUUAUUUUUAAAUCAUAAACUAAGAGUGUUUGCACUCAAUCAGAAACAUUUAGACAAAAGAUUAUUUAGCAAAUAUUUUUAAUAAGGCUUGGCAUUACAUUAUAUAUGACUAGAUUAUGCAAAAUCGAUUUAAAAAUGCUUCGAGUACACUCAACCCCCGGUGGUUGGUCACUUUUUCGUUUGACACUUUUUUAUUUUAUACCCCGUUGGUUGGUCAAAGUCAAACUAAAAAGAAAAGAACUGUCACUUUUUUCACGGCGCUCACGCACACUAUCAAAACAAACGUUUGGUAGUAUGUGUGAACUCCGUGAACUCCGCCGAGCUUCCGUGGCCGUGAGGUUACGGGUUUCGCCUUGUAAGCGGAAGGUGAUAGGUUCGAUUCCUGUCUGGCUCGGCAAAGUCAGAUCCCUUCAAAGAGUAAUUCUACUCACUGGGAAUACUGACCGGUUGGGGAUGGGUUUCGACUAGCGGCGUGCUGGGUUUCCAAUCCAGAGGUCGUGAGUUCGAUUCUCGUACCGGGAUGAUGAAGUUUAAAAAAAAAGGGUGUCAAACUAAAAAGAAACCCCGUUCGUUUGACAACAGUUGGUGUUUGAUUGUAUUUGGAAAUUUCUGUGAGUGAUAAAAAUAUUAAAUUUUGCGAAAAAUUUAAUCAUUUAAACCCAAAUAAUGGCAUUUGUGCCAUGUUACAAUUUUUUUAACUGUUACCAAUUAGUUAGAUAUCAAAGGGGGGAAUGAUGUUCAUGAAUUUUAGCCAAGGGGGGAUUGGAUCAAUAAAGGUUGAGAACCACUGCCUGGCUUUCUAGUCAGAAAUUCACCAACAAAUUCAAAGAAUGUUUACACUGCUGCUGAGGGUUUAUUUUGCAUCAGAUUUGCCGUCUCUUUCUAGCAAACGUGUUUUGUCAUGCGACUUCUAGCUGUUUUUUUUUAUUGACCGCCCGAUAUGUCAGCCAGCAUGUUUCGCGGGACACUGUGACGAGGAGUUCGUCAAUUUUGAGUUAAAUUAUUUUUUUUUCACUGGUCCUAGUAACCCGAAUAAUCAAAAAUCAAACGAGGAAUGGUCGAAAUUACAAUGAAACUUUACCUAGUAUGGUUACCAUUAAUGUAUCGCAAUUAUAUUGUCCCUGAAUUCUAAUAACAAGUCAUUUUUGUCACUGCGUUAAGAUAUUAAUGAUUUUUGUUUACUACUUUUUUCAAAACUAUCUUUAACCAAUUGUCAAAUUUCAUCUGGUUUGCCCUCGGGGUACAAGAUAGAUGAGAGCUCCUUAACACCCUAACCCAUUCGAAACAAAUUGAAAAACACCUUUCAUCAUCUCCGUGCAAGAUACCAACCAACAAUACGCUCCAAUUUCAAUUCAAAAGUUAGCUUCCUUUGAAAAUAAAAAAAGCUAAAAAAACAAAACCCGAACGGCAGAUAAAAAUCAGCAAAAUAGAGUUACAUGGGGUUACAUUCCCCCCUGCGUGUGUAUUUUUGCUGAAUGGAUUUGGGGACGGAAAAUUCGAUUUCCCCAUCUCUUGUAAGAUGGGGCCAAAAAACGAUUUUCGUCAUCGUCAAUGCGCGUUAUUCCAGGAAAAAAAUGUACGCACACAAGGCUAAAUAAUGCGAGUGAAAUUUGAAUUUUAAUGCUUUUCAUAUUGCGUUACACACAUCCCGUGCGGGUGCGUGGAACCACAAGAAGAUGAAAAUAAGGUGACGGUGAUGUUGGGGGGUAAAAUGGCUUGCGCCUCUUAAUCGAGCGUGGAGUAUUACAUUGGGAAGGAUAAAGGGGAGAAAAUACAUGUUGAAUACUCCCCCCAAAUUGGUGGUACACGAUUUUGGGAGGAAGAAUAUGUUGGUGCGAUUGAAUCAGCGAGGAAAUUUGGAAAUUUGCCCAAUAACCAUAAAAAAGGAAAUGUGAUAGCUAAAUCUGUUGCCCUGUGAAUGGGGACUUGACACUUUGUUCGCCUUCACUUCGUCGAGCUGACUUUGACUUUCAUUCGUUCACACACGAACGAAUGAGCGCAACGCAAAGUCACUCACGCAGUCAUUUGACUCUCACCACCUCUCUCAUUCGCGCUGGGCUCGUUCGUUGGAUUUUUUUCCCCCUGGCUGCAUUCAAAUGGUUGCUGUCACCACGCAAGCAAAUCAGAAAGAGAGACAACGAAGAGAGAAAUAGAAAGAGCGUGUAGCUUCGGGUCAGGCGGUUGCUUGAGUGAUUAGCUCGGUUUCGUUCGUUCUAACUUCGUGUGCGUUCACUGACGUUCGCUUCAUAAUGUCUAUCAUGCCAGGCGCGCUCAGUCAACAUUGAACGUUUUUUUUUGACAAAGAACUUUGUCCUAAGGGCACUGUCUACGGGUGUCAAUCCAAAAUUUCGCGAAGCGAAAGUGUAACGAUUUGUGUAAUCGUUUAAACGCUUAUAUCUUCCACCCAAUUCAAGCAAUCUGCAUGCUUUAUCCACCAAACGAAAGGGGAAGUCUUAAAUUGCAAGUAGACUACCUCACAAAGUUGAUAAAACUUUGUUAAAGUACUCAAAAGUUAAGAUGAAAAAUAAAAAUUCAGACCGGGAAAAUCCCGGUCGCUGAUUGGUUGAGCGCAACCUUUCCCGAACACAUUAAUCAGAUUCAAGUAUCUAGCACUUAGCAAAUUUUGCUCUCUGCCACUGCUUCGAAAGCGUCGAGCCGUCACAGCCAAGCGAGGUUAUAAAAGAGCGCCGUGCCGCCGGUUGAAGCUCAAACGAGUCCGAAGCUUUGCACGAGGAGGAUCGAGAAGCAGCAGCAGCACAGCAGAGCCGCCGAGAGGAAGGAGAGAAUUGAAAAAUUGGAAAGAGAGGCAGAGCAGGCGCGGGAGGGAAAAUUGCCGGCAACUUGGAGUGUCAUCAUCGCAUGGUUUUAUCAUCGUCAUAGGACGUUAAAAUGGCCCUUUUCAGGGCCAAUUCACACGAAAGAGUAUUCUUUAAAAAUCUGGUUGGGUACGGUAGUGAGUGUUUGUGUGUGCGGAAGGGAAAUCGAGUGGCAAGUUUGGGGCUUGAAAGAGCACCAAAUUAUCAACGCAUACACACAAACGCGGGCUGGGGAGCUUCAUUUGUGUGCGCCUGGUUUCUGCCGUGCAACUACCCUUCACGAGUUUGCUCAUCCGAUCGAUCUUGGGGAAAAUCGAUUUUCGAUAUUAGUGUGGUUCCGCGAACACAAUUUUAGUGUGGUUUACUACACACACACACACACACACACACACACACACACACACACACACACACACACGAGCAAAUCCACAGUCGAUGGCGCUUUUUUGCUACAAAUACACUUGCAACGCACUGUUUGGUGCUCUAGGUGGUGUGUAGUAUGUGUAAAGAGAAUGAAUAAAAAGAUCGGAACCCAAUUUUUGCGGAGCGAAAUCGUUACGUGGCGAUUUCCCCUCUUCGCAGACUUCCCCUCCUUUUCCUUCACGCUGAUUGGUUGAACAAACCUUUCCCGAUCAUCCUCUCCGAGAGACGUGAGAUUGAUGUAUCUAAAAUCAUCUCCACUCAAGCUCAUAAUUUUCUGACAGCCGAGGAGUCAACAUCGAGUGGCAGUUGCAGAAUCAGAAGGGACAGCAGAAAUUUCCCCCGGUCAACGACGUGGAGAGGUCGCCGAAAUGGCUCGGGCCGUCGCAGGAACGGGACGGAUUGUCGCUGCAGGCCAUCAAGGAAGAACGUUAGGGACCGAUGUGGUCAAGCUGCUGAUCCCGGAAGGCUCCGGUUAACGGCAUCAAGAAGGGGUCUCCGUGUUGAUCGAGAACCAGUUCCCUUUGGGUCAAGUUGGUUGUGGUUGCGAUAAAGUUUAUGGUUUUUGAUACUGGACAUGAAAUUUAACAUUUCGGCAGUCGUGACCGCAAUCCGGAGUGGCCGGAGGCCCCGCGGAUGUUCCGAAGGGGGACAUUUGCCGAACCAAAAGAGUUGGGGCAAUAUGGGUAUCAAACUUUAUGGUUUUUGAUACUGGACAUGAAAUUUGAAAUUUCGGAAGUAUUGGCCACAAUCCGGAGUGGCCGGAGGCCCCGCGGAUGUUCCGAUGAGGGGACAUUUGCCGAACCAUAAGAGUUAGGGCAAUAUGGGUAUCAAACUUUAUGGUUUUUGAUACUGGACAUAAAAUUUGACAUUUCAGCAGUAGUGACCACAAUCCGGAGGCCCCGGGGAUGUUCCGGUGGGGGGACAUUUCCCGAACCAUAAGAGUUGAGGCAAUAUGGGUAUCAAACUUCAUGGUUUUUGAUACUGGACAUGAAAUUUGAAAUUUCGGAAGUAUUGGCUACAAUCCGGAGUGGCCGGAGGCCCCGCGGAUGUUCCGAUGAGGGGACAUUUGCCGAACCAUAAGAGUUAGGGCAAUAUGGGUAUCAAACUUUAUGGUUUUUGAUACUGCACAUGCAUCUGACCAUUAUCUGAAGUUACGCAGUUAAAAUAAAUCGCUUAUUUUACGCAGGAAGUAAUAAAUCGAUUACUGCGAUUGCCUUUUUAUUGUGCCGCGGCGAAAUUCUGUUUCUGGAAAUAUAGAAUAACUAUUUCGAAUUCAAUUAGAGCCCUUGAAAGGGCAGUUUUAAUGUUUGCUGUUGAAAUUUACUUUGCUGCCGCCAAUUGCUUGCAACAGCCUUGCAAAAACAUUUCCGCAUCUUGAUAACUUUCGAGUGGUGAGGGAAAGUCGAUUGAUUUCACCUUGAUUUCUAUUGCAGCUCCAUUUGCAAUUUCCGUCCCCUUAGUUCGAUAGGACGUUGAUAUUAUGUCUUAAAACUAUUCACAAAAGAGUUGUCUUAUGUAAUUAUAAGGGAAUCAUGGGGAAAUUUGGACCGGACAUUCUUAUCGAAAAUUUCAACAAUCAUCUUGCAAAGUUCUUUGUCAUACUGGUCAUGUGUAACAUAACCACCUGCACCUUUUUUUUUUGUUUGAUGCCACUAUCCACUGCGACCAGGAAUUAGAUCUAUUGCGGACUUGCAAUUCUAUUUAUAGAAUCACAAAGGCUUCUUCUGUUAUUAGGCAGAUGGGACACGCACACACGCUAUUGUUGAGCGACUGUGUCGAGCGAUCCACUGCCGUAACUUCGCCGCCGAAGAGGUUUGAAUGUUUUUUCAAUCCUCUUUGGCUCUGCCUUUUCCACUCUGUACUGUCCAAAUGUAUCGCUAGAACCGAAGUGCACAUUUUACGUUUACUUAUACCCAGCUAGCCCUUAAGUUCUGGUUUCUGGAAAACUCGUCCCUUCAAAGCACUUUUUUGCGAUCGGGCCGUGGAGCUCUGUAGGGCAAUUAUACAGAGAACAGUUGGUCCUUAUACAUGUGAAGAGUACAGGGGAAAGGAUGUGCCGAGCCAUGUGGGUUUGACAUUGAACGUUCGGGUCCACGAUGAAUGAUGACUUACUUAUUUAGAAUGAAAUUGAGAAAACUUUUAUUUUUUACAUAAAUCAUAAUUUUUUUUAUCGUUUUUGGCUUUGUUGGCCUUGCUAGAAAAAAAAAAUCAACGAUUUUAAUCUAAUCUAAUCUAAUCUAAUCGAACACAAGCGCAGCCAGUCCGAAGAAAGCAUCCUGGAAGAACUUUUGGUUAGAUUACGCCCCAAGUCCUUUCUUGUCAAUAUUAAUGAUUGCAUUACAUCCGAGUAACCCCGAACAUGUAUAGAGGAGAAAAUCGUGACGUCACAAAUGAACUCAAACCACUCAAAGUUUAUUUUGAGAGUGAUUUUAACAUUUUGGCCUAGUUUGACAGCUACCUUGUCCCCAGUUUUUUGUGGGAGAGAAAAGGAGGCGAAUACUUUAUGAAAAUCAUACCUGUCAAAAUUCCUAGCCUAAAAAUUUUGUCGCGAGUUGCUUUUCU